GAUAUCUACCUGUAUCAUGGCGCUGCACUUCACUGCUGAAUCUGUUGAUGACCAGAUGUACACGGAUUUCGGAAAUCUCUCCAGGCUUUCUUAUGAACCUUUCGCCCAGCUUACAGCCAUCGUAUUUGGCUUCCUAACAGAACCUCAUCAGUCUGCAAGGUUGUUGUCUCAACUUGAAACAUUUGCCAGUGAAUUGGGCGUCAACCCUGGUGCUCUGAGGAACAUUCUUCAAUCUCUUUUAACUUUUUUUAAGGCUGCUUUGAAGAAAAACUUGUCUCCAACUUUCGUGAAAGAGGACCUCGAGCAACUAGGACUUGCAGCAGAGAAGGCAACCCACAUUGGCUCAGAGUGGAAGUCACACUUGAUGGCUUUGUCUAGGGCAACGUUAGGACAGACUUUGACAGUCAACAGACUUGUGGAUAUGGACUGGAGGUUUGGAGUUACUGCUGCUAGCAGUGAUGUAAAAAAGGCUGGGACAACGUUUUUACAGGUGAAGUUCACGCUUGACAGGGGAACAGAAACAGAAGAUGUUUUCAUGGAGCUGACAUUGCAACAGUUCUACCAGUUCUUACAUGAGAUGGAGAAAGCUAAGACAAGUCUAGACUUUAUGAGUUAAUUAUUAUUGUCUCAAUUGCGUCACUCACUGGUAGCUAACACAUCUUUUUCUAUUUUAUUAGUAACUGGGUUUAAGGGAUGGGGAGGGAUGAUGGUGAUAGCCCCAAAUGCAUGUUGUAGUGAAUAAUGAUGCUUAUUGUUGUAUAGUUAACUCCAUCAAUUUCUGUGUGAGCAGGGUAAGACAAACAUUGAGUAACUUAAGGAUACAGUUGGUUAGAUCAGAGUGUUUGCUCUUUGCAAUGUGAUGUGGGAACAACAGAGAAUUUGUAUUUGA